AGAGAGAAGCUGUUAUGGGUGGCGAAGAACUGAGGAAGGAAGACUUUAUUAUGGAAGACGAUGAUGAUGUAGUUGAACUUCCAGGGUUUCGAUUUCAUCCCACAGAUGAAGAACUCGUGGGUUUCUAUCUUCGAAGGCAGCUUGAAAAGAAACCAAUCAGGAUCGAACUCAUCAAGCAGAUCGAUAUCUACAAAUACGAUCCUUGGGACCUUCCAAAAGCAAUCUGCACAGGAGGGGAGAAGGAGUGGUAUUUUUUCUGCAAGAGAGGGAGGAAGUACAGGAACAGCAUAAGGCCAAAUAGAGUAACAGGUUCAGGGUUCUGGAAAGCCACGGGAAUAGACAAGCCUGUGUAUUCUCUUGCAGGAGAAGGCACUGAUUGCAUUGGCCUCAAGAAAACUCUUGUUUACUAUAGAGGCAGUGCAGGCAAAGGCACUAAAACUGAUUGGAUGAUGCACGAGUUUCGCCUCCCUUCUCAUCAAGACGCCGCCGCCAACACCACCACCAUCACCUCGACCACCACCGUUGCCCAAGAAGCUGAAAUCUGGACAUUGUGUCGAAUUUUCAAGAGAAAUGUUCCACCAAGGAAGCACAUGACGGACUGGAGAUCAUCACAACAAGCAGGUACCAAACGCCAAUAUUCUUCUUCAGUAGACAAGAACACAUCAAGACUUAUCACAAGCACUGUGGACAUCAGUGAUCAUACUAACUUCUACGACAACAAUAGCAAAGAAGCUUAUAUCAAUUUUGGAGGAAGCAAUUAUAAUCAUCAUCAUUAUUAUUCUCAGCAGGUUAAUCAUCACCAUGAGCUUAAACCAGCAGUCUUCAAUAAUACUAACAUUAUUGAUCAAAGGAAUAGUAAUAAUCAUCAUCCGUUCAUGAUGAUGAACUCCCAAACAGCAUCAGCAGCAGCACAACAGCCACAAUUAAUCACUGCUUCUUCUCCGUCUUCUUCUUCCAACUUGUGGAUUAAUAAUAAUCCUUCUGCUGCUGCUGCCAACGACUUCCUCAAGUAUGAGAAUUGGGAUGAACUUGGAUCAGUUGUCAAGUUUGCUCUUGAUUCCUCUCUCAUGUAAAUAUAUAUAUGUGAUAUUAACCAUCUCUUCCUAUAGGUUUUGUUUUAGCUGGUAUUGUUUCAUUAUUUGGAUGAAACACAUUAGAGUGCUUGGAUUUGUAUGUCAGCAGACUCAGUCGUAUGUAUAUUACUUAUAUAUGCAUGUAGUGGUUUAUUAGAAUUGUAUGGAAUAACUGAUGUUUUACAU